AUGGCAAGUGAGAUGGCAAAGAAAGAUGAAGAGACCCAGAAACUUACUCUGAAGUAUGAGCUGCUGCUCAACCUGACAAGAGCUCAAGCAACAGUCAUUCAGAACUUGAAGUUGAACAAAAUGAAAGAGAAGCAAGUGCUUACUGAAGCUAGUAUGAAUUUGGAGCUGAAGAAUGUAGAGCUAACAAAGUGUCAGGAGAAGCUCACCCAAGAGAAGCUAGAGUUGAAGCUUCAGGUUGCUGAUCUGCUUAAGGGAAAUGAAAAGCAUAUUGAAGAGAAGUGGCAGUUAGAGUUUCAGAAUGAAAAUUUGAAGGAGAAGUUCAGGGGGAUUCAGGCCAUCUUGGAGAAGUGA